ACAGUCAGUAGAUGCUCCUUGCCUGAAGUGUAUCUUGCAGUAGCCUUACACUGCCUUGUAGCUGGAGAGCCUUGUAUCACUGCUAACAACACUGGGUAUCAACAAAGAAGACAACUGCAUAAAAAUGAAAUAAGGAGAUACUACCCAGGCUGGGGUUUAUUUUGAGUCUUUCAGAACUUUCUAGGGAUAGAAUAUCUCUGCUGACAUGAAGUCAGAUUCACCAGUGCACAGGGAGUCCCAUACUGGAUGCCAGUCACCAUGCCCACUAAGGUGCUUGCCAGCCAGGCUGGAAGGCUCUACCAAGAGACGUCUGGCUGCCAAUGCCAGAGAAAGGAGGAGAAUGCAAGGACUAAAUACCGCCUUCGAUAGUCUGAGGAAAGUUGUACCACAAUGGGGUGAAGACAAACAACUUUCCAAGUAUGAGACUCUGCAGAUGGCGCUGAGCUACAUCAUGGCACUGAGCAGGAUCCUCUCGGAAGCAGAGAGGUACAGCAGGACUGAUCCAGAGGAAUGGACUAAUAUUCAAUAUGAUCACAUUGAGGAGGAGCAGUGCCUCAGUUAUAUGGAGGUGAGAUGCCCAAGAGACUGUGAUCGUUACCUGCCCCAGACUUUUUCUCACUAGGAUAAGAGCAGGCAAGGUACUACUGACCUGAAGACAGCACUGUUUUAAUAUAAUUGGUCGGUUAUACAGCACCCAAUGAUACAGGGACAUUUGCAUCAUGGGCUAUUUGUCAUGUUGUUUUUCCCAAUGCAAUGCUUAUUUCCUUAAGCACCAUACGUUCAGGACUGGGUACAUAUGUAGGGAACCCCAAGUGAUGCAGCCCAGAGUAUGCGGUGCUGCAACGGAUGGCAGUUAGUGAGCUGUGGAACACUGGAAAAGCCAAGUGCACUGGUAUUUUGUGAAAGGACAUGCAAGUUAUUAUGGGUGGCAUAUAAUAUUUACCUCCAUACAGCACAGUGAUAUAACUUCAUUGCCUCCAUCAUACCUGUAUGAUUAUAUAUAAAAUGGUAGUUCCUGAGUCACUACUUUCCAUGUUACUUAUGCACUGUUAUCAGAUAACAUAGAGAAAGUAGUAUUUAUACAUUAGAAAAAGUACUAUAUGUGCAUAUAAAUUGGCGUUUAAAGCAGUCUGGAUAAAUCAUUUUCUGUGGACUCUUUUCUUACCCCAAGGAGCCAUUUAUAGUUUAAGUGCUGCUAUAGGCACUGCUCAUAAGGGAAAGGAAACAUUUUUGUCACUUGCUGAUAAUACAAAUUGCAUUCUACACCAGAAUUCUUAAUUAACUAUACUGUCUAGUGAACAGAAAGGUCUAAAUUAAAAUCAACAAGAGGUAUAAUUUACAUAUUUUACCAUUUUCUGGCUUCUGUCUGCCUUUUGAGAGUGGCAAAUUACAACGUAUAUAAAAUUCCUACAGGUCUCAAUCUACUUGUUGCUGUAAAGACAAACCUUGGUGUAUUUUUAAGGAAACCUUAAGUAAUUCUUUUGGUUAGUAUACAUUUCUUAAAUAUUUUUAUUUGUAAUGGGCGUCAAUUGUUUAUUUGUAAACGCAGCUCCAAAAAUAGCAGAUAUGCUUGUAUUUUUCAGGUAUGCAAAUGGUAUUUCAGCCUAUAUUGGGAAAUUGAAAUUGUAGUAAAACUGAACAUAUGGUGAAUUGCUUGGCAAUGUACUGUAUACAUGCUGACCUAUAAGGGCUAUGUAGCAAAGUUGGGAAAAAAAUCACUGCAGGUUUAUUGGUUUGUUGCAGAUAGAAUAAUAAAAUCUGACAUUGCUGAUGUGGGUAAGGUAUUUUAUUCCCCAUUUAAUAUCUUAAUCUUUCUUCUUACACUGAAAACAUUACUAGCCCCUUGCCAAUGUAUUCUUAUCUGUCAAAUUCAGGAGUUCAUGAGACUUACCUGUGCAUAAUCCCUAUGAAACCAAGACAAUGUGUGGGGAAUAGGAGGAUUUGCUGCACAAAUUAGGGCAGAGAUACAUGGUCAGACUGUGACAAAUCUCCUCUUCUUCGGAGCGUUUAAUCUCCCCAAACUGCCUUCCCAGGCACUUUGUUCUCCGAAGUCGCCCGAAGUUGCCUAACGAGGCAACUUCAGCA